AAUAUCCGAGACGGGGGAGGCUCGACUCCGCUUCUGCGGAGGAUGCUCUGUGGUGACGAUAAAGUACAUGACCCAGAGAAAGGAAAUGAAAAACAACCAUCUGCUGCCAGCAGCUUCUUGUGAAACAAACCAUAUUCAUUUAGCCGAAGACAAGUGCCUAGCACCAAGGAUCACCACAAAGCCAGUCUGUAUUCUUUUCAAUUCAGCAACGACGACAUCUGCUUAGUAGUUUAUUGAAAUUACAUCUGUCAAGGUCCUGACCUGUUGUAUCGAUUUGGUCACAGGCUUUUUUUUUUUUUUUCAGUUAGUACUUACAAACGCGGCAUCAUUAUUAUCAUUGUUAUCGUUUGACAGAAAAAGCUUGAGCGGCGCCGCAGGAUUGAUGUUUCAGACUAGCUUCCCUGAAAGACACAAUUCGACCGCGGACAGGAUCCCUGUGGUCAGCACCUCGGAUAGCUCCCGUUCCAUCCUCCGGAGCGGCACCAAGCAACACGGAGACUAAUAGAUUUUCUAAAUAAAUAGAUUAGUAUAUCGUAUUGUAGACAUCCUCUGACCAACACUGCUGUUAUUACCGUAUGCUACCUUUAAAACACACUACCUCUGGAAUCGUAUGUAAAAGUGACUUUGUCUGCAGAUUGAACGAAACUGGAGUGCUGGGGGCUGACAAAGUGGAAUUGCAUUACAAUUCUACCCUAUUCUAAAUGUCAAAAGUUAUUGUAUGAAAUAGUAUUAUUUAUAACGAGCAAAGCCACAAGAGCGAACCCUUUCGACAUUGUGUGUGUUUAAAUGUUAUAUUAAUGAAACUCAAUAUUACACUCAGCAUCUUCUGCACGAGGAAGCCGGGGGUCUUUUCCAUCAAGCAAUAAUAAACCUCAUUAUACCGGGGGGUUGUCCUUCGCUCAGCUAGGAGGACUAGCACCAUGGCCAGUGAACCUGUAAUCCUCAACGUGUAUGACAUGUACUGGAUAAACGAAUACACCUCCACUUUGGGGAUCGGAGUCUUCCAUUCAGGGAUUGAGAUCUACGGGAGAGAGUUUGCUUAUGGAGGACACCCCUACCCCUUCAGUGGGAUUUUCGAGAUCACUCCAGGGAACACCGCUGAGCUCGGAGAGACCUUCAAAUUCAAAGAGGCGAUCGCACUCGGGACCACAGACUUCGCUGAGGAGGAUGUGGAUAAGAUCAUGGAGGAGCUCGGGAAGGAGUUCAAAGGCGACGCCUAUCAUCUGAUGCACAAGAAUUGCAACCACUUCUCCUCGUCCCUGUCUGAGCUCCUGUGUGGGAGGGAGAGCCCUCGCUGGGUCAACCGGCUGGCCUACUUCAGCUCCUGCAUCCCCUUCCUCCAGAGCUGCCUGCCUAUGGAGUGGCUGACCCCCGCUGCCCUGCAGAGCCACAUCAGCCUGGGCCUGCACAAAGAGGAGGCAAGCGAGUCCAGCGACGAUGACACCCCCUCCGCAGCGGGGGGCGCUGCAGGCCCCAGCUCCUCACACAGCUGCAAGCACACGCGGGUCUGAGCCUCCGCCACCAGCAGCAAUCACACACAGCAGCCAACUAGCAGGACGGCGCCACUGUGGUCUGCAGUACAGUGUGCCUGUGUGCGUGUGUGAGGACUGGACUGAUGAAAAGGAUUGACAAGCCCACUCAGGAUAUGAACCCUGAUCUCCUGGCUCCUGGGCCCUGGGCCAACAAUCUUGAAGGAGCUGUACCUCAACAGGGAGACACAUUCUACAGAAAUUAAUGAACUGGACUACUGCUUCUUUACAAGGCCAUUCCCACCAUGUCCUGGGAGCUGUGGUGUGGUGUACUGUUCUUUGAACCUCAUCUGACAUAUGCUGCCUUAGUUAGAGGCAUUACUGUAGUUUAAUGGAAACUGGGGACUUGUCUGAAUUCAAUUAACAGUGUUCAAUAGCCAGCCGGUACAAAGAACUGAGUGCUUCUUACGCAUUGCACGUCUCCAUAAAUAUGGGUUCAGAUUUCAUUAGUUUUUUUCCAUACUUAUACCCCCUGAAUGGAAUUUUUCAAAAUUUUGGAAAAAUACGGACUGAUUUGUCAGUAAUGGUAUUGUAGCCGUUAUUAAUCAAGUUGUUUUAAAUCUUGUCAAGGAGCCUUUUUCUAAUAGAAAAGGAAAGCAAUUUCAUUUUCUAAUCAGUAUUAAAUGGAAGUAUAAUUACAAUCUGAAGUGCUCACCCGGUUUCCUUCUUGUGUGUUUUUAGGGUGGAAAUAAAGCUUGAUAAAACCUGCCUUUAAAUGUUAACACUGAUAACAGAGUGGCAGCUAUAUCAUUAACGGGUUAGUUUAGCAUGACAUUUUUGAGAUGUAGAGAUACUGUCAUAAUUAAGGCUGUUUUUUUUUUUCACGUUAUCACAGAUUUCAUUCCUGUUUCUGAAAGAACAGUGUAAAUAUACAUAUUUUUAUCACUUAAAAAUACAUACAGAAGAUCUCUGCCUUAUUGACGCACU